AACACCGCGCAGUACGGAUCGACAACGCCAAGAGAUGAUGACUGGAAGUGCCACUCGUAACACUCCACAGAAGCCACCACGAAAAAUGCACAAAAAGGAUGCUGGUGUCGAAGAAGAGGCAUUCAGAAAUGAGAAGAAGAACGCAUCUCGUUUGCGUACAGCUCGUGAUACUUUCGGUCAUAAGAAAACAACGCAUAAACCAGAGCGAGUUGAAGUGGAGCUGCCAGAAGUGGAAGUAUCGAUGAGCGCCGAAUAC